AUGGCGCAAUUUCUGAAGUGUCCCGACAAUGUUCUCGCCGCCAACAUCGUUCCCUCUCAAGUCUACAUUUACAUUCUUCCUGAGCUCCGCCCGUUUUUACAUUUCUUUGGGCGCAAUGAUCCGGCGAAACUAGUAGACGAUGAUGGUGAAGAGGUGAUUCAGAAGUUAUUGGAUGAAUCGACUAAUAAAUUGAGAAUGUACGGAUCGGCCAAAGAGCUAGCUGGGAAUAUCAAAAUAUUCAGAAAUUUUCCUGAAAGUUUUGUUCUUUUCGAAGAUCAGCAGUGUCCUUUCAAUACAUCACCUGUCAUCUAUAACAGCUUGAAUGGAGAGAAAUACCUCUGUAAGCCGGAUUUGUAUACAAUUAUUCAGAAUAUCGCAAUUCAUGCUAUUACUCAUAAUAAAAUCGUUUUCUUUCAUUUGUUGCUUGCAAAGGUUCUGAAAUCCAAAAUUGCGGAGACUGAUGGACCCGUGGAAUUUGUGAAAUUCGAUCAGAAAAUGUUCGAUGAAAUCGAGAAAGAAAUGAAAGAAGGUGAAGCGAAAAGUCUUCAACAAGCGUCUGCGCAACGUAACAAUCUAGAAAAGUCCUUGCGGACUAAGAAUUACGCAGCGAUCGUUUCAAAACUCCGGGAAUUGAAUCCGAAAAUUUGGAGUGGUGUCGAGGCAUAUUCAUUACUCACAAAGCUACAAUUGAUGUCUGGUACAGAAAUCGCGGAAUCAAAAGAGUUCAUUUUCGUCAUGCUCACCAAUACGUGUAUCGUAAACUGUAUUGAACAAAUUAUGGGAAAACGAGCAUCGCUCUUCAUGUCUACUCCGAAAUCUUCUCCAAUUACAGUAAGACUGUUUGAGGAUGGAGAGGAGAGAUAUGUGAUGGAGGCGGAAUUGAAUCAUGCAUUGAAUAGGGUUUCUACUGGAUCUGAGAGAUUCGAAAUUCAAAGUGAUGGAUUGGUUUACAAGGGAAUGCAUUUUAAAGAAGUCAAGGCGAAGUAUGGAGAUCAAAUUCAGACAAUUGAAUUCAUCCGCACUCCGAUUCUUCGCUCUAAACACUGUGCAGUACCUAUCAGAUCCCACUUUCCGGGGCAAUUCGUCAUUCCAGCUGUCGAUUAUUGUUUCGAAUUCUGGAGAAAUGUGAUUUUGGGUAUCAAACUAUUCCAAAAAUAUCAGUGUUCGAAUUGGGAUGAAUUCGCCCCAACAUUUCAUAAUGUCGAGGCAUUUUUAUACACUGAAAGAAAGCAGCAAUACUUCCUGAGAGCUGGUAUCCUGUUAGAUAGUGUAGUGAGCAAUUCAUUGCAACAAUACGAAGUUUCACCAGUCAAAGACGUUCGAAAUGCGAAGAAAGAUGGAUUCACUGCACAGAAUCUGAAAAACGAACUGAAAUAUCUGGGACUCACUAACACAUUCCCUGAAAUCCUUGAUUAUUCUGAAGAUGUCUAUGCAGAAAUUGAUAAGGUGAAGAAGGAUAGAUAUCUGAGAACUUGUGAUUUGUUUGAUGCUGUGGAGAGAUGUCAGUUGAUUUGUGUGCUCAAUAGAGCUCCAAAUCUCAGAAAGUUCGUUCACAAUCAAAAAGGAUGCAACAGAGUUCUCGGAUACAAAUGUGAGCUUUGCGAAAAGGAGGAGAAGACGUCGGAUGCGCUAGAAAUCAGUCAAAAACCAGCGAAGGUUCAGAAGACGUCAGAUAUCCAGGAUUCUAUAAAGAAUAUGAAAAUUGAGAACACAAAUGAGUCGCGUUCAAAACAAUACUCACAACCGGCUCUCUCGGCUCCAAAAGAAAAGUGCUCAAAAUCUUCUGCAGUUCUCGUCGAAACUCAAAAUGAGCUAAAGGAGGUGGAGAAGAAGAUGAUGAAUACAGAGAAAGAGCUGAGUGAUCUGAAGAAACAAUACGAUAUUCUUGUGCAGUCUGAAGCCCAGAAGACAGAGGAAUUGGCUAAAAUGAAGGAGGAAUUGAGUAAAGAGAAGGAGAAGAAUCAGGAGAAAGAAGAGGAGAUUCUGAAGGCCUCAAAGGAAAACGAGGAGCUCCAGAAGACAAUUCUCAAGUUGACUGCUGAAAAUGAGGUGAAUGAGAGAGUGAUUCAGAAGUUACUCGAUAGAAUCACCAAUUCAUCGACUAAUCAACAGAAAACUACUGAAAUCGAUUUGAAAAAUAUCGAAAAAUCGACUCCAACUGCUACUGUCACCUCUAAAAAUGCUCCUCUCGUUAUCGAUUGUCUAAUUUGUUCCAGUCAGAUAGAGUCCGGACAAGAAGUCAUCAGAUGUCCGCCGUGCAAACGAAGAUUCCAUUCAAAUUGUGCAUUCAAAUGGCGCAAAGACCACACUCAAUGCCCGGCGUGCAAUGGAGAUCUCCCUGGAAUUUAA